AUGUGUGCUCAACAGUUCGUUUAUAUUCUUGGUUCAUUCAAUCUUUUUCUAGCUGGUAUUGCUGUUAUAUGUGUUACACAUGCUGAAAAUCAUCCUGAACAUUACUCACUUGUUUAUAUAGCUAUAAGUAUAUUCAUAUUUUAUAUGGGAACAAUUCUAGUUAUUAUUAUGUUACAAAUUAUUGAAACAUAUCAAGAACAAAAUCAAUUAGCAUUAGAAAUACAAAUACCUGUAUUAAAAAUAUUAGUGCCAUCUCAAUCAAAUGCAAUCAUUGAUGAAAAUUUAACAAUACCGAAAGAAAUGAUACGUUUUUCAGUUUUGUGUAUAUUUCUCGCGAUUGUUUUUGUUGCUGGACAGGAACAAGAUAAUUUGAUCAAUACAAAUGUUGAGCGAACACUUGAUCUUGUCUCACAUUUACCAAAAGAAACAAUAAGUGUAACAAUUGAAAAUCGAGGAACAAAAGCAGUACGUUAUUAUGAUUAUUACGCUGAACCACAACAUGUUAAUGAUGUUGCUUUCGUCGGAGCUGUUGUUAAAGGCAAAAACACUGAUGAUCAAGCUAGUUUACCAAUAAAACAGGAAGCCACUGAUAAGACAAAAGGAGCUAUUUAUCGUAUUGAAUUACCAAGUGAUCUUCGUGCUGGUCAAACCAUUACACUUGAAAUAGAAGUAGUUCAUGCUAAUGCUCUUCGUAUGUAUCCAGAAGAAAUCACUCAAGCGGAACGACAAUUAGUUUUAUAUAAAACAAAUGCAUACUAUUAUUCACGUUAUGCAACAACAACACAAAAAACUAUUGUUACAUUACCAACUGAUCGUGCUGAAUCAUAUACACAAACACCAAAACCUGUUGCUAAAAGCGAACAAACAAUAACAUAUGGCCCAUAUGAAAAUGUAGCUGCAUUAGCACGAAAUGAAAUAUCAUUACAUUAUGAAAAUAAUAAUGCAUUUUUAACUGUUAGUAAUAUCAAACGUUGGAUUGAAGUAUCACACUGGGGAAAUAUUGCUGUUGAAGAAACAAUUGAUAUUUAUCAUAGUGGUGCUAAAUUGAAAGGAUCAUUUUCAAGACUUGAUUUUCAACGAAAACAAGAUAGUUAUUCAGCUGUUAAGACAUUUAAAACAUCAUUACCAGCUUCUGCUCGUGAUGUUUAUUAUCGUGAUGAAAUCGGUAAUGUUUCAACAAGUCAUGUUCGUGAAAUGCAAGAUCAAGUUGAAGUUGAAAUUCGCCCACGUUUUCCAUUAUAUGGUGGCUGGAGAACUCAUUAUAUACUCGGUUAUAACGUUCCAUCAUAUCAAUAUCUUUUCAAUAAAGGAAAUCAAUAUGUUCUUAAAAUGCGUCUUGUUGACCAUGUUUAUGAUGAUCAAUUACUUGAACAAGCUACUAUUAAAAUAAUUUUACCUGAACAUGCUCGUAAUAUUGAAUUUUAUGCUCCACCUUAUGAUGUUCAACGUUUACCUAAUGAAAAACAUUAUACAUAUUUGGAUACUGUUGGUCGUCCAGUUGUUGUUAUAAGCAAACGAAAUGUAUUAUUUCAACAUAUUCAAGAUUUUGAAAUACAUUAUACAUUCGAUAAAAUAAUGUUAUUUAAUGAGCCAAUGUUAAUUGUCAUUCCAUUAUUUGGUUUAUUUUGUUUAGUAAUUAUUUUAGCUCGUUUGAAUUUUAAUAUAUCACAUAACGAAAGUAGCGAAUCACGUAUGCGUAUUCAAGCAAUAUGGGAACAAAUUGUUGAAAAUAAUAUCAAACGAUCAAGUUUUUAUCAAAAAUUAGAUGAUGCAUUGAAUGCAUAUAAAACAAAUAAAGAUCUUAAAAUUUAUAAUGAACAACGUAAAAAAUUAGAAAAUGAACUUAAAAAUGUUCAACAAGAUUUAACAACUUUACAAACUAAAAUUAAAGCUGACAGUGCUGAUUCAUCUGAAAAGAUUGCUGAAUUACAACGACUUGAUGCUCAACAACGUGAAAUUCAAUUAGCUUUAAGUGGUCAUACUGAAAAACUUGUCACUGGUAAAAUGCAAAAACAACCAUAUUUAGAACAAGAACAAUUAUUACGUAAUAAAGUACGUGAUAUUAAUGCACGUGUAACGGCUAUUAUUAAUCAAUAUUGA